AUGGCGUUUGUUCGAUUGGUUAUUUGUGUCAUUGGGAUCUAUGCCAGUUUCCUCUCCUGGGCAUUGAUUCAAGAAAGACUUUCUACCACUCCGUAUGAAGAUCCGUCAGGUGGUAAACCAAAAUAUUUCAAAUCGGUUGUAUUCUUGAAUACUAUCCAGAGUGGAUUCAGCGCUACGGCCGCACUGAUAUACUUGGUCCUCAAAAAGAAUUCGUCUCAAUCGAUCCUCCAAGUACUUGGAUUGACAAACCCAACCUCCAAGCCCGACAAAUCAUCAAAACAACCCAAUUCCAAAGCUGCUCCAAAAGAUCAAAACAGAUUGGCCUUAUUAGGACGUUGUUUACAAUGCGCAAUCUUGAACUCUCUCGGAUCUCCCUUUGGUUAUGCUUCACUCAAACACAUCGAUUAUCCUACUAUGAUCCUUGGCAAGUCAUGUAAACUCGUACCGGUCAUGAUCAUGAACAUCAUCUUGUAUCGACGAAAGUUUGCCCUUCAUAAAUAUUUCGUCGUCGGAAUGGUCACCGUUGGGAUUAGCUUAUUCAUGCUACUUGCCGACCAUGGUUCAAAAGCUAGCAAAGGAGCUCAGCAGAGUAGUAUGUUUGGCUUGACGUUAUUAUUGAUCAAUCUACUCGUCGACGGGGCGACGAAUUCCACCCAGGAUGAAAUCUUCAGCCGAUUUACAAUCAGUGGUUCCCAACUGAUGUUCAUCAUGAACGCCCUGGCCACAAUCAUCACUCUAGCUGCAUUACAAGCACCUAUCCCCACUGCUAUCUCAUCAUUCUUUGGCACCUCGAACGGUUCCGCAAACGAAUUCACAGUAGCAGUCGAGUUCAUCAAAACAUACCCAAAAGUGCUUCAAGAUAUCCUGCUCUUCUCUUCAGCCGGUGCGAUCGGACAACUAUUCAUCUUCGAAACUCUCUCCCAUUUCGGAUCACUCACUCUUGUCACCAUCACCGUCACUCGGAAACUAUUCACCAUGCUGUUGAGCGUGUUUUUCUUCGAUCAUAAACUUUCAUUCGGCCAAUGGGGCGGGAUCGCCAUCGUCUUCCUAGCCAUCGGCUUAGAAGCGUAUAUCAAAAUGUCCGGCCAUGGUAAAGCUAAUUUGAUCAUCGACGAAAAACAAAAGGCGAAAAUGAAAGAGCUAUAA